AUGUGUAUUCUGUUUGGUUCUACUGUAUUAUACUCCACUGUAGAAACAAGAUUUUUACCAUUUGUAUACAACAUCAAAAAAUAUAAGAAUUUCUCUACUAUACCAGAGAAUGAUAGUUCUCCACUAUCUGGGAUUCGGAUAUUGGAUCUCACACGUAUAGUAGCUGCUCCAUACUGCACUAUGAUCCUUGGAGAUCUUGGAGCAGAAAUUAUCAAAAUUGAGAAGCCUGGUAGUGGCGACGAAGCACGAAGAGAUAUUAUCUACGAAUUGGCUAAAAAGUCUGAUGUAUUUGUAGAAAAUUAUAUUCCAGGAAAGUUAACAAAAAUGGGUUUAGGAUAUACAGAUAUUAAAAAGAUUGCACCUCAUCUUAUUUAUUGUUCUUUGACUGGUUAUGGCUCUGAAGGUCCUUAUGCUUCUCGACCAGGUUACGAUGUCAUUGCUAGUUCUAUUGGUGGCCUUUUACAUAUCACAGGCACUAAAGAUGGACCUCCGUGCAAAGUUGGUGUACCUAUGACCGAUAUGGCUACAGGUCUUUACGCACAUGGUGCUAUCAUGGCAGCAUUAAUUCAAAGAUUUAAAACUAAGGAAGGACAGUGGAUUCAGUGUAAUCUUUUAUCUACUCAAAUUGCUAGUUUAAUAAAUAUCGGUUCAAAUUACUUGAAUACUGGCCAAGAAGCAGUAAGAUGGGGUUCUGAGCAUGAAAGUAUUGUGCCUUAUGAAGCUUUUCCAACUAAAGAUGGAUAUUUAACAGUUGGCACAGGAAGUGAUGCUCAAUUCUCUGAUCUAAUUCAAAAGAUGCAGUUAGUAGAAUUAGAUAGCAAUAAAUUUAAGAAUAAUGUUAGUAGAGUGCUCAACAGAAAAGAAUUAUUGAAUAUACUUAGAAAUGAAUUUAAAAAGAGAACGAAUAAAGAAUGGAUGAUGAUAUUUGAGGGAUCUACAUUUCCAUAUGGACCUGUUAAUACUAUAGAACAGGUUUUUGAAGACGAUCAUGUAAAACACAUAGGAUUGGUUAAAGAAAUGGAACAUUCUAUUGUAGGAAAAAUACGAGUUGUUGGACCACCAGUAACAUAUAGUUAUGCUAAUAAUAGUGUCAGACUUCCAGCUCCAAUGUUAGGGCAACAUACAAGUGAAAUCUUGAAAGACAUAUUAAAAUAUUCUGAUGAUAAAAUAAAAAAUUUAACAUUGCAGAAAAUUAUACAGUGACUAAAUUAAAGUAUUAUCGUUAUUUAUAUUUUACUGAUUAUAUAUCCAUUAUUUUACAAUAAUAAUAUAUGAUAUUUUAUUUACGUAAUAAUUUUACAAUUAAACAAUAUAUUGUAUUGUACAAUAAAACUUAUUUGUAUCA